AUGUUGUCGUCAACUCCCCUCAAGACAGCCGCAUGGCUUGCGUUCACGGCUUCUCUCAGCUCAGCCACACCCCAGUAUGGCACUUCUCCAAAGGUCCAGUUCAAGCACUGGCCUGCUGAGGCAGCGACUGCCCUCUCCACCAUGAUCGCAAAGAACGCCAAUCAAAGCAACUAUGCGGUCUUCGACAUGGACAACACUAGUUACCGCUACGAUCUCGAAGAAGCGCUUCUUCCUUUCCUGGAGAACCGUGGAGUCCUAACGCGCGAUAAUCUGGACCCCAGCCUCAAAUUGGUCGAUUUCAAGGACACUGCGAACUUUACUGAAUCGUUGUACAGCUACUACAACCGCCUGUGCGAGAUUGACGACUUUGUCUGCUAUCCAUGGGCCGCGCAAAUCUGGUCUGGUUUCACACUGCGCGAACUCAAGACCUACGUGGAUGAGCUCAUGGCGUACAACUCAUCCAUUCCCACGAAGUACUGGGACGGUGACGAAGUCACAUCCAGCAGCGUAAACCCACCGAAGGUGUUCCGGGGCCAGGUCGAACUCUACAAUGCUCUCAUGGACAAUGGCAUCGCCGUCUAUGUUAUCAGCGCUGCGCAUGAGGAGCUUGUCCGCAUGGUGGCCAGCGACCCGAAGUACGGAUACAACGUACCACCCCAAAACGUCAUUGGUGUUACCACCGUCCUGAAGAACGUUACCUCCGGCGAGCUCACCAACGCUCGCAAGCAGAUCACAGAAGGAACCUACGACGAGACCGCUAAUCUCGACCUGGUCGUGACUCCGUAUCUGUGGACACCUGCUACAUGGUUUGCCGGAAAAUGGGCUGCUAUUCUUACCUACAUCGAUCAAUGGAAGCGCCCAAUCUUAGCUGGUGGUGAUACUCCCGGAAGCGAUUCGUACAUGCAGUUCCAUGGGGUCGACACAGCAAAGGGUGGUGUGCAUCUGUGGAUCAACCGUAGAGACGCGUACUUUGAGCAACUGCAAGAGGAGAUCAGGAACAACACUCAGGCGCAAAUUGCUAAUGGCAGGGAGGUUACGGCGGACAAGAACUGGGUCGUUGUCAAGCCCGAGGAGAUUCUGUAA